GUGUGUGUGUGUGUGUGUGUGUGUAUGUUUUAUUCAUGACACGAUCUGUCUCUUUGUUUCGUCUCAUCGUUCUUUGGGACAUUUAAUUUUUUUCGAUAUUUUUGAAGCUCUUUAAUCAUCACACGUUGUAUAUCGAAACUUUUCUUUUAAUUUUUAUUUUGGAUUUUUCAUUAUCAUCAUCAUAAUGGCUGCUAAUAAUACGAAUCAACGUAAUAUUACCGAUUAUUUCAAUACAAUUUCGAAUUCAAAACAACGAAAAAAUGGUAAAUCAAUCAUCAUCAAUAAUGAUUGUUUGGUAAAUAAAUCCAUUUGUACAAAUGAAAAUAUUGAGGAAAUUAUUUCGAAAAAACCAACACCAAAACGUCGUCGUGCUAUUACGAAUGUAACGAAAAGUGCACCGGCAUCAAAAAAAUCAAAAACUACAACAAUAUCGAAAAAAACAUCGACAAUACAUACUGAAACUAAAAUGGUUCGUCGUGGACGUUGUCCAAUCGAUUUUGGUCCAGCCGACGUGAUCCGAAAACUCGAUUUCGAUGAUUGUAUCGAUUCUUCUUCGUCUAGUGAUCAAAACAACAAUAAUGAUAGUUCAUCAAAUUCUUUCAGUGAUUUCCUUAAAUCAAAAGCAACGGAAAAGAAUUCUGAAUCGGUGACAAUGAAAUCAUCAUCGGCAAUGGCACAAACACCAUUGAUGAAAGCUGAUGAUAUUAAAGAACGAUUACGAUCAUGUAAAAAUCUUUCGAAACUUAAAGAAGAAUUGGUCAAUAUUAAUAAUUGUGGCGAAAAGAUUCGACAAUUUAAAGAGAUGAAAAUUAAAUAUCAACAAAAUAUUAACAGCCCGAUAAAAUCGUCACCUAUUAAAUCAAGUCCACGAAAAACGACGACAAUAUUUGGAUCGCCAAUGAAAGCUGUGGCUAUUUCAUCAUCACCAUCAUCGAUCAAUAAAUUCAACAGCGUAUCAUCGCCAAUUAAACCACGAAAUCUUCUUGGAUCAUUACUGAAAACACCAUCGAAAAAAAAUUCUGAUGAUCAAAAUGAAUUAGAUUUACCAUUGCCAAAAUCAUUUAAACGUUUAGUAGAUUUAUUCAAAAUUAUCGACUAUAAUUCAUGGCGAAUGUAUAAACGACAAGAAGUUUGUACAUUCGAUAAAAUGAAACAAGUAGUUGAAGAUUCUACACAUCGAACAUUUACAUUGGAUGCAAUGUUGAAAAUUUUGACCAUUAUGAAACAAAAUCCACGAUUCCGUCUAGCUUGGGAGCUAUAUGCCGGCCACUGUAAACUUGUAUUAACACCAAUAUAUGCUCAGAAUAAUAUGAAAUGUUUGAAUUCCGUUGGAACAUUAUUAAAUCGUGAAAAAGAAUUUCAUCGCUAUUUACUGGAAUUGACACGUGUUGAACAUUUAAAAUUUUUAUCACAAAUGAAAUUAAAUCUAAAUGAUGAUGAUCAAAUUUAUCGUUGGCAUCCAAUGUUUCGAUUGGAUUCUAUUCCAGACAUAAAACCCGACUAUACAUUGUUGCCAAGUAAACCAAUUGGAUCAUCAUCGAAUAAAACUGUUAAAAAAAGUACGAUUCUUGAUUAUUUUGGGCCAAAACAAACUACUAUUGAAUCGGCUAAAUCUAAAUCUGAAUGUUCGAUAAAUGACAAAAAUAAAUCCAAUGAAAAUGAUGGUGUCGAUGAUAAGAAUAAAAUCAAAUCUGGCCUGUUGAAAGGAAUAUCAUCCGAUUUAUUGAAUAAAGUACGUGCAAAAGAAGCAGCAAAAUUAGCACGAUUAAUGCGUCGACCACCGGAAAAAGAUCGUGAAAUACGUAUGCUAUCGAAAUUGAUCGAUAUAUCUCGUAUUAUUUAUGAUUGUUUUCUUGGAUCAUCAAUACGUUCGAUUGAAAAAGAGGAUCUUAUACAACGAAUAUCGAAUAGUAUGCCAAUGUCAAUCGGAGAAUCACGUAGCCACCUGGAUUAUUUAUGCAAAUUUGAAUUGGACAUUAUUGGUACAAAAUGGAUUAAAGUAAUUCAAUUACAGAAUGCUGAAUAUAUACAGAUCGAUACAACAUAUCCAUUGGCCAAUCUUUGUCAAGCAUUUCGUAAACAUAUGCAAAAAUUGCAAUCAAAUUAAUCUUUUUCAUUUUCGUUUUUUUUUUUUUUUUGGAUUUAAAACAUUUUUCUCUAAUCUCAUCUUUUUUCUCUAACAUUUUGUCAGAAUUUAUUUCGAUACUUUCAUUCUUUCUCAUUUCUGAUUCUC